AGUCGGCGUGCGACACGCGCAUAUACUUACAUAUGUACAGAGACAGAAGAUGAAGCUAUGGACUGAUGUUAUUGACGCACCGUGCAUAACUACAUAUCUACAAAGACAGAAGAUGAAGUUAUGGACGUAUGUCAUUGUGUACUUGUUCUACCACUUACAAGGCACGUCUUCUAUGGACACAGAUAACAAAAGGUUAACAGAGGAGUUCGGACUGCCAUCAGUCGAGACCGUAUUUGAAGACAUCUACUACAUGGUACCUAACGAUAUGCUUAAUCUGACAUGUAAGGCGAACGGAAAUCCUACACCAAGAAUCACCUGGUUGAAAAAUGGACAACCCUUCCUUGAUACACGAAAGGUACACGUAACAUCUACUGGAAUCCUGGUAAUCAUGGAUACCGAUUCAAGUACGUUAGGAACCUACCAAUGCCGAGCCAGUAAUAUACACGGAGCGUCCGUAUCUCCUGUCGUCACCGUCAAACGUGCUGUGCUGGGAAAUUUUCCACAGAGACAAGAAAAGGUAAUUAAUGAAGAUCGGUACCAAGACCUAGCCUUGCCUUGUACAGACCGACCACGAUGUGAACCAGCCAGUGUCUGCACGUUCGAGUGGAAGCGAGGCGAAGGCGAUAAACUCCCCUCCGAAAACCGCAUCUUCGUGGAUAAUGACGGCACACUUCAUUUCCUAUACCUGGAACAGUCAGAUGACCAAAGCUAUGCUUGUGGAGUAUGGAAUGGACUGUUAAACUUGCACGUCCGCAGUCCGCAAAAAACUGUACUGUUUGUUAGAUCUGGCGACACCUUACCGAGUGAUUAUCCUCCAGCAUUGCUGUAUAGGAAAAACGUAGUAGGAGAGAUGUCACAGUCGUGUCGACUUCAGUGUGUGUUCUCGGGACACCCUCUCCCUAAUAUUCUGUGGCAGGAUAAUAACGGUGAGGAGAUAAACGAAAGUGAAGUCUACAGUCUCCAUGACAACGGACAGACUUUGGUAAUUAGUUCAUUGAAAGAUACCCACGAAGGCGUUUAUACGUGCAUUGGCCAUCAAGAACAAACUGGCGCGAGGGCGGAGGGUGAAGUGCAUCUCAACGUCACAGGACCUCCCAUGUUUGAGGCUGGAACAAUGGCGGACCAGGUGAUGAGAGUUGGUUUAGACGCUCAGUAUAGUUGUUUAUCCCGGUCACUCCCGAACGAAAUACUUCCCGAAAUACCGGAGUGGUAUCAAAAUGGACGGAAAAUAUCGACAUAUGGUCCUGACCAGAAGUUCUCCAGGAACGGCACCAUGCUGAUGGUGAAUAAUCUGCAGAAGAAUGACACAUCCUGCAUACAGUGUGUGGUAGAGAACAGUGUAGGUCGCAGCCUCCGAGAAGCUCGACUCGUCGUCAUAGAUCCUAUCACUGUCACAAAGGGUUUACAAGAAUCUGUAGAAAUAACCCCGAACAUUCCGGUCACCGUCGGGGUGGCUGCUGUAACUGACCCACGACUGUCCCUGACGUACAACUGGUCAGUUCUCGACCACGGCACAUGGACAAACUUGUCAAAUGGCGUGAUGAUCAGUGACGACCACCAAAAUGUUACGUUUACUCCGAACCCGAGAAAUAUCCAGGAAAUGGCAGGCGUCUACAGAGUAGUUAUACAGCACGCAUUCGACAGUGUGAUACUGGAAAUUAACGUAUCUUCAAAUGUCCCAUCCACAACAACAUCGGCCACAACUACCGCGGCAACGGAAAUACCAACAACUACACCUACACCUACACCUACAACUACAACUACACCUACACCUACAACUACUACUGCUGCUACUACUACUAUUACUACUACGACGGCGACGACAACAACGGAAAUAGCAGAUGUUACAACAAUGAUGAUGAGCUAUAUCUACCCUAGCAGAACAUCAGAACCAGCUACUAGACCGCCGACACACAGUCUUGAAGAGGAACUGGAUAAUACCCCGAUGGUAGUGGCUGUCGUGGUUAUAGCUGUAGUCAUCCUUAUCGUAUUAGCACUCAUCAUCGCAGUCCUCUUUCGCCGAAACAUGAGGCAAGGGACACUGGAUAUCGACGUGCCAACAGUGAAGUUCGAACCCGAAGCAAAUGGAUCAGUCAAUGCGGAUAAAAAUCCUCUCUGUGACCAAUAGCUGUGACUUACGUAGCCAUGUAACAGCCGUGGAUGUCAAAUCAUCUGUUCACAUUAAAACCUGAAAAGGUCACUCAGUCAAGUAACAGUCUUUGAUACAACGUGUAUGUCACAAAAUCAUUUCUCCACUUAAAACCGUCAAAGACAAUGUAGCUAAUUAACAGUUAUGGAUAUGUCAGAAAACUUAAUUCCCUUAAAACCUAAAAGAUCACAUAGCCAAGUAACAG